AUGCCUCCCAAGUCGUCGUCGCGGGCGUGGGAUGCCCUCGAGCCCCCAUUGUCGGAAUGGACCCUCGAUGCCAUGGGCUCAAUGGGCUUCACGCGCAUGACUCCAGUUCAAGCCUCGGCCAUCCCUCUGUUUAUGCAACACAAAGAUGUGGUGGUGGAAGCUGUCACCGGAAGUGGAAAGACAUUGUCAUUCCUCAUCCCCAUUGUUGAAAAGCUCCUUCGCCUGGAUGAGCCCCUCAAGAAGCACCAUGUCGGCGCCAUCGUCAUUUCUCCUACCAGAGAACUAGCUUCGCAAAUCCACCAAGUCCUUCUCUCCCUUUUGGAAUUCCACUCAGACUCGGCGGCGGCUAUCAAGCCCGCCGAAGAGGGUGCACCUCGCCAAAAAUCCUCGACAAUGAAGGUUGUGCCGCAGCUCCUUCUGGGUGGUGGAACAUCCCCGGCAGAGGAUCUGAAGAUCUUCCUCAAGAACUCUCCCAACGUGCUUGUUGGCACCCCCGGAAGAUUGUUAGAGCUUCUUUCGUCGCCCCAUGUCCACUGUCCUCAGUCAACCUUUGAGAUGCUUGUGCUGGACGAGGCCGACAGACUUCUGGAUCUUGGAUUCAAGGAAGAUUUGCAAAAGAUCUUGCGCCGCUUGCCAAAGCAGCGGAGAACCGGGUUAUUCAGCGCUAGUAUCAGCGAAGCUGUGGAUCAAAUUGUGCGCCUUGGUCUACGAAACCCUGUCAAGAUUGCCGUUAAGGUCAAAGGAGCCGGUGCCGAAGAGAAACGCACUCCGGCAAGUCUACAAAUGACCUAUUUGACAACGCCUCCCCUUCACAAAUUUGCAAUUCUGAAGCAUAUUCUCUCAUCGGUUCAACCCACACCCCAAAAGACCAUUUUCUUCGUAUCGACAUGCUCCAGUGUUGAUUACCUCGCCACCAUACUGCCUAUCAUGCUGGGCAGCAGUUUUGUCCUAGUCCCACUACAUGGAAAGCACCAGGCCAACGUCCGCCAAAAGAACUUCACCAAAUUCACGACCUCCACUACCCCCUCCAUCCUCCUCACUACUGAUGUCGCCGCUCGCGGUCUGGAUAUCCCUUCAGUCGAUCUAGUGGUUCAAAUCGACCCACCAUCAGAUCCCAAAACUUUCAUUCACAGAUGUGGUCGAGCCGGUCGCGCGGGUCGCAGAGGCCUCAGUAUUGUUCUUGUCCACCCUGGUCGCGAGGAGGACUACGUUUCAUUUUUGGAGAUCCGCAAAACCCCCGUUGCGCCAUUCAACAUUACCGAGCUGUCCGACGAAGAGGCCAUGGCCUCCAUCGACAAGGUUCGCCGGGCUACAAUGAAGGACCGUGCUAUGUACGACAAGGGUCAGAAGGCGUUUGUCAGCUGGCUGCGCAGCUACAGCAAGCAUCAAGCAAGCAGUAUCUUCCGGGUUACAGAUCUAGACUGGGAGGCGCUCGGUAAGGCAUGGGGUCUUCUCAGACUACCCAAGAUGCCCGAGUCACGCCACUUUGAGGGAGACAAGACGUUGGGUAUCAAGAUGGACUGGGACAACUACACCUACAAGGACAAGCAACAAGAGAAGCGUCGCCAGGAAGCUAUUGCAGAGGCUGCCAAUAGUGCCAAUACCGAGCAAGGUACUAAACGCCGGGCCACGGAGAGUGUGGCUUGGAGUCAGAAGACCGAGGAUCGGGAACAGAGACUCAAGAAGAAGGAGGUCAAGAAGGCGCGCAAGGAGAAGGAUAGAUGGGAUAACCUGCCGGAGGACCAGAAGCAGAGGGCUCUUGAAACAGAGCGUAUGCUCGAGGAGGUUCGUGCCAAGAAUGAGCAAGAGCGCCUUGCGAGAUUGGCUGCGAAGAAAGAAGGCACUGAAGGUGCCGAAGGGGGGAGUUCAAGGGCUUCGACUAGGGGAAUGUAA